UCGGAGCACACAGCAGGGGGAAAGCAGAGAAGCAGGUCAAGAAAGGCGGAAGCAGGGACGAUGCACGAAAUCCCUAGGCUCCUCUUCACCCGGGAGUGCCAGUUCUUCGUCGGCUCCAGCGACUACAGCUGAUACAAGGGGAUCAAUGGAGAACGUGUGGCAAGGAAUGGGUAAUUCCUCUCAACCAAUUGGUGAGGUUAAUUACACCCCUGGCAUCGACAUAGGUGAAGUCUACAUGCCCACUGAACAGCAACUUAACAACCUCCCUCCAGAUGGGUCCGAGAACAUGAACACUGCCAUGCCAGCUCAACCUAGCGCCCCCGAAGCACGCAGGAAAGGAACUUCCAAACGUUUGAAGAACUUCUCAACAAAGGAGGAUGAAUCCUUAUGCUCAGCGUACAUUAAUGUGAGCAAGGAUCCUAUUGUGGGAACCAACCAGCCAAUCCGAUCCUAUUGGGGAAGGAUAAAAGCUUACUUCGAAGAAGAUAGUGAACGUACCAGGUCCCAGUCUUCCCUGCAGCAUAGGUGGGCUGAUAUCCAAAAGGAUACUUCAAGAUUUUGUGGGUUUUACUCUGAGAUUGAACGGAAAAACCAGAGUGGCAAGAGCGAUGGUGACAAGGUGAAAGACGCUCUCCAGAUGUAUGAGGGAAUUGUCGGUACCACUUUCAAGUUCAUUCAUUGUUGGUUUAUAUUACGCAAUGAGAUGAAGUGGAACGAGUGGCUCGCUACAACCUCUGCAAGCAAUGAGGAGCCGGCUGUCCAACCUGUGGAGGAAAAUGUAGACCCAACGCUUCCUCCUCGAAUUGAUAGGCCAAAUGGAAGAGACAAUGCCAAGAAGGCGCGCAACAGCACCUCUUCCUCAUCUUCAGCUUGCUUUGAAGUCCUGCAAAAGAUGUCCAUGGAUCGGAGCGCUUAUGAAGAAUGGGUUCAGACUGCAAGCGAAGAGGAGGCUAAAGAAAUCGCUUCUCGCUCUGAACGCAAACUCGCUAUACAGGAAGAGCAACUACAAAUCCAGAAAGCCCAAGUGGAGGUACAAAAAGAGAUGCUCCAACUGCAGAAGGAAGAUCGGGAAGAACGGAUCAUGACCAUGGGUGUCGAGAAGAUGCAAAGCAAGGUCUGCUCCUCCGCGAGUCCUUGUCCUCACUCCGCCCCCUUCCUCCCCGCGAACCCUACCGCCGCCACGAACCCUCCCACCGCCACUGGCACCCAGCAGCAGGGAGCCACCCCGCCGCCCCUCUCUCUCACCGUCUCGCCACCCGUCUGGCACCGCCCCGCCGCCCGCCAGCCCACGCCUCCAGCCCGCCGCCCGUGGAGGGCGCUGCAUCCAGGGCGCGGGCGGGGCGCGGCCGAGGCGCGGGUGGUGGACGCGCGGUUCUGCGCGGCGGACGUGGCGUCGUUGGCCGUGGCCAAGGCGCUGAGCAUGUCAGGGAGCGACUUCGCCGUCACGGACGCGGCCACCAGCGCGCUUGUGCUGCGCGUCGACGGGGUGCUCUUCAGCCUCCGCCGCCGCUCGUCGUCAUCCUCGACCAGAUGCAUUACCAGAGGUGACACACGAUUCGGUUUCAGGCCCGAGUGCCUUCAGGCUUCAGUUUCGCUGCUCCCCUUUUGUGUCUUCCUGCUCGGUCUCUGCAAUUUUGAUCCUAUUAUUGGUGUUCUGCUGCUCCAUUUAGGGGUCCCUUGUCAGCUGUGA